AUGCCGCAGAUGUUCUCAUUGGACGAGAUGCGCGACCUCGCGCUCGCCUUCCCGGACGCCAGUAGCCGUGCGUUUUCCGAGAGCGAUCAGGAGGUCCGCCUCGUCCCUAGUCUUUCUGGAGACGGCUUCAUUAGGUCAGACGUCCUUUUACAGAAGCUGAACGAGCACAUCGAGGCCGAGGGCCAGGGCCGUCUUCCGUUAUCUCGCCUCGCCGCUGAUUUCGACAUUUCCAAAGAGGAGCUCUCCGCCCUGGUGAGAGAUCCUGAAGCAGAGCUUCUUCUGAGCACGGACGGCCAGAAUGCCAUCUCCAAGCAUGAAGCAGAGCGCCUGCAGGAUGACCUCAAGGAGCUGGUUCAGGGCCGGGUAGUGUAUGCUGCCGGAGUCGCCAUAGCCAACAACCUCGCGCUUGAGAGCAUCAACAAGCUCAUUGCUAUGAACCGAUAUGGUGCCAAGGGCGAGGAUGGGGACGGGCCGCGCCUUGCACUCUACCCCCAGACCAGCGAUCCUAGAGAGGUCCGCAAGUCCAUCAUCUUCUCGCCUCCUUAUCUCGAUGGACUCAUCGCAGACGCUCAAGAAGCCUUUGACGCUGCUCAGCAAUCGGGCGUCCCCGAAAGCAUUCCGGCAGAUGGCGUCUUGCCAACUGCCUUCCUUCAGCUCAUUGUCGAUAGGCUUGGGUCUGACUUUCAGGGCCGGAUGUCCGUCGGCGAAGGCACCGUGGAUUUCACGCCAACGAGCUACCUCGAACGCGCGCGCGAUGAGAAGAUCGACGAGCUUCUCGAUGGCACAACGCCUUCCUGUCCCCUCCAGUGGCUUGUUGAUCUUUUGCCAGAGCAGUACCCGGACAUCAGCGCCGCGGAGAGGUAUGUCAACACGCAACACCCAGAGGACAUUCUCAUCUUCUUCGACACCGCCGUCUCCAAGGCAUGGCACGACAAAGCCACCGCAGAUCUCCUGCAAACACUGGCGGACAAGUCCGUCGUCAACAUCAGCGAUCCCUUCCAAGACCUCUCCCCCGACGCUUCGCAUUCUGCUGCCGCCAAAGCGCUUGUCGACAUCCUCGCCAUCGUCCGGUCGGAAGACGAGUGCUCCGUCGUCUCUGAAGGCACCUUCCCCUACCUCAUCCGCAUGGACCUCUUCCUCACCAUUCAAGCCGCCUUCAAAGAGCGCGUGCGCGCCCAUGUCGAACAUCUCUGGUCCAACUCGCACCAGCUGCCGGACGCGGAGCUGACGAGCGGGCUGGGCGACCUGCCCACCAUCCUCGCACCCGCAAUGGACGAGCUGCAGCUGCCGCCGCCGCUCCUCCCCAUCCUCCUGCGAUGCUCGUGCGACGGCGGCGCCAAGGCCGUCUUCAACGCCACGCUGGCCCGCCUCGAGGCCGACGCUGACGCCGCGCUCGCCGCCUUCUGGCUGGAUCGCGUCGCCGCCCGCUUCGAGCUGCACGCCGCGGCCACCACCGAGACGGCCAUGGCGGAUGCCAAGGUCCGCGCCCAGCUUCUCGACCUGUUGCGCGAGUACGUCGUCAAAGAACUCGUCCCGGACGCCGCGGCCCGCGCCGAAGCGAAGGGUCUGGUGCGCAGCGCGCGCGCGCGACGCAACGUCAAGAAGCUGCUCGCCGUCCUCAAAGAGCAAUCCCCCCCGCAGAGCGGCGAGCAAGGAGUGGCGGCCGUCCGUACGUCGCUGCACAAGUUCGCCGCCAAGAUGGACGUGCCGCCCGUGGCGGACGUUGCGCAGCGCAAGGAGGCGUAUGUGCGGGACAUGGUGCGGGACAUGCAGCGCGACGGCGACGCCCCCCGGCUGUUCCUGAAGCUGACGGUCGCGCUGUGGGCGAAGCGGGCAGAUGGGGUCGUCUACGCGACGGGCAAGUUCGCGCCAAAGUUGGUCAAGCUGAUGGCGAAGGGCGCAGCAGCCGACGGUACUGUCGUUGGGCUGGACGAGGAGCAGUCGGCAAGACUCGAGGCGCUGAAGGAGGCUGUGAAAACGGGCAGUGCGGGAGAUGCGGAGAAGGCUGAGAUGAGAAGGACGGCUGCAGAGGCAUGGGGAGUGUGA